AUGGCGUACUACGAACCUCAAGGCUGGCAAGCCCCUAGCACGCGCCAGGCAUCAUGGGAGCAUCCUGUUCAGCCCCCGUCGCGGUCAGGAUCCAGCUCCGUCUCUCAGCGCGAGGAAAUGCCGGCCUUUUCGUCGCAGUUCGAUGAGGUCGACCGUGCGAUUGAUAACCUGGUCAAGAGCGGGAAGUUGUGGACAGCUCCCCGAAGAGAUUCGAUGCCCAUGAUGAUGGGUCGGCCAUACCCUGACUACGAUCCUCGCGUCUCAGGAAACGUUUCUCAGCGCCACCAUUCGAUCAGCGAAUUUGACGGAUCGAGAAUGCACCACACCCCCAAUGUCCAGGGAUACUACGCUUCCCAGCGUUUCCAGCAGGGUCGCCCUAACGAAGUAGAACAGAUGAUGCAGGCGAAGCGUCGGAUGGCAGCUCAACGUGAGAGGGAACUCCGCAACUAUCACCAGGAGCAACAGUACAACCGAAGCCUGCUUGCCGAAAUGUCCGGAGCCAAGUCCGAUCGCUCGCUCAGCCCGGCCGCCAUGAGCGAGGAAAGCCGCCGUGAGCUCCUCUCCCGUCAACAUAGGGCUCUGUACGGAAACGAGAGCCCCGCCUUCUUCCCUCCAAGCAACUUCGCGGACGACAACUCUCGACCAGAGAGCCAGGCCGGCGGCACUCCGUCUUCCGCUGCUGGUGUACGUGCUUUUUCGCCCCGUGGCAUUGACUCCUAUGGGAAUCCCCAGAUCUCGGCCCAGGAUAGCACUGAUGGCAUUAUCGCUCAGGCCGCUGCCGGCGCAGCAUCCCUCCAGUCUCCUUCUCGCGCCAACAGCACUGCGUCCCCCAGUUCCGGCAUCAAUCCCGUGUUCGGCAAGUUCGAAGGUGCUGAUCAACCUGUGGCCUCGUCUUCCUCCCCGGGUAGGGCCGACUCGCCCUCGUCGAGACAGCCCUCCGGCAAGCCCACUGCUGGCCCCAUUGGCUCCGUUGGCCCCAUCGGCUCUCGCCCUGUUCAGCAGUCCGGCCCCGCUCAAAUGUCCAAUCCCGCCUUGAACAAGCGCUCCACUACUCCUUUGCCCUCUCCCCUGGGAUUUGGGUUCACAUCCAGCGACGGAGUGGCCGCUGGUGCCAAUAACGACCGUGCAGUUUCCUCUGCAUCUAACCCCACUGCCUCCGCGUCUGCCACCAAUGCCGGCGUCAAGGAAGCCUCUGGUGGUGUUGGACUUGGCUGGGGCAACGGCAGCGGCGUCUGGGGCUCCAAGGGUGGUCUUGGUGUUCAGGCUUCUGUCUGGGGUUAA